ACACUGCUGACCUCACUGUCUCUUUGUGAAGGGAAAAUCCAGAGUUGCAUUCUGUGAAAUGGCAAAUGGUCGACCAGCUGCGAGCGGAGCACAUCUCUGUCUCUAACCUAACACAGGCCUACAGAUGAGCGCUGAAGAGCCCAGUGCCACACUCUCCUCUGAACAACAGAAGAUACAAGGAAAACAUGAAUCUUGAUGGAGUUACAUCAUCUGUGAUUGAGAAUCCUGUGGCUGUCAGUCAUCCUUUCCACCCAGAGAAGACAGGAGAGGGAGCGGCCCGAGGAGCUCAGAGUCAGAGCUGCCAUGCCUGGCUGAGAGGAAUCCACUCUACAAACCACAUGUCAGCCCAUAGACUGGUGAGAGUACUGGCUGCUGUGUGUGCAGUAGGACUUCUGGGAGGCUUAGCAAUCGGAGUGUGGUUCCUAGUGAGGUUGUUGUUGCGGCCUACCUCUUCCCAGAGCCCAGCAGGGCUGGGGGACACCAAGGAGACGUCCUUCUGUAACGUGACCGAGGACAUCUCUGUGGCUGAUCCCAGGAAAGGUUCAGUGCUUUACAGAAUCAGCCCGGAGAACUCGCUCUUGGAGAUCCAGCUAGAGAAGGUGCCCACCUGGCUGCCUGUGUGCUAUGAGAGAUGGAACUCUUCCCUGGGGACCCUGGUCUGCCGCCAGCUGGGAUAUCUAAGACUGACCAAGCAAAAAGGGGUGAACUUAACGGACAUCGGACCAAACUACACAGAUGGCUUUAUACAGAUUACCUCCGAACACAAGAACAGCCUGGAAAAUAUAUGGCAGUUAAGGGGGAGUUGCGUCACAGGGAAGGUUAUAGCUUUGAAAUGUUUUGAGUGUGGGACGCGGGCUAAGCUGCCCAGGAUAAUUGGGGGAGUGGAGGCUACCUUGGGAAGGUGGCCCUGGCAAGUCAGUCUCUACUACAGCAACCGACACACCUGUGGAGGCACCAUCAUCACCAGCCAAUGGGUGGUCACCGCAGCCCACUGUGUGCACAACUAUAGGCUACCACAGGUGUCCAGUUGGGUGGUCUAUGCUGGUAUUGUCACACGCAUUUCAGCUAAAAUGGCUCUGUACACUGGAUAUGCAGUGGAAAAGAUAAUCUACAACAAGAACUACAAUCCCAGGAGCCACGACAAUGACAUUGCUCUGAUGAAACUGCGAACCCCAAUGAAUUUCUCAGAUACCAUCAGGCCUAUCUGUCUGCCACAGUACGAGCAUGAUCUUCCAGGAGGAACCCAGUGCUGGAUCUCUGGCUGGGGCUACACUCAACCGGAUGAUGUUCUCAUCCCUGACACGCUAAAAGAAGCUCCGGUUCCACUGAUAAGCACCAAGAAAUGCAACAGUUCCUGCAUGUACAAUGGAGAGAUCACCCCCCGCAUGCUCUGUGCUGGAUACACCGAGGGCAAGGUGGACGCAUGUCAGAGCUAUUGAGGAGGAAGAGGAAUAAAACAAUGGAUGAUCAGGGAGACUCAUGUAGGACCAGAACAGGCCUAGAGCAAACUGAAAAAUAAGUUGUUCCUGACAUUCUUCCUCCUGUUCUGUAACUGUCAUUUUACCUCCUUAUAACGGCCAUGUUUAUUGCAGAAAUGCAUACAUUAUUUAACAGUAGGAAAUCUUUUAUACUAUACAUGUUUGUCAUACAUUUUAUUUUUAGCACCUGAAUGAGAACAUAUUUAUACCAUAUAUUUGUCUUGUAUUGAAAAUAAAUUAUGCUUCAUAUCUAAACA